CUCUCCGAAAUCAUAGGUUGCUGUACUUGUUGUUUUUAGUUUUUGCUAUUCUCGGUUACUGCUACGUGUGAGGAUUGAUUAAUUUGAUUCUUCCGAGGUACUACAUAAUUCUUUAUCUCUCAGAACUCACAAAGAAUUCAAAGAAACCCCCAAGACUCUUUUGGUAGUUCCAGUUUUAUCGGAGUCUCGUUUAUAUUAGGGGCUCUGUAUAUUUGUAAGGUUCUUUGAAGUUUGAAACCACUCCUUAAUCUCUUCUUGAUUGGAGGCUUGGAGUGGCUUAAGUUUAUUGGGAAUUUCUAUUGAGACCUCGGAUUGAAGAUGAGAACAUUGGCCCGAUCCCUUCGCCACACUCGAUUGUCUCUUCAGCAUAAAAAAUGUAAUUAUUCGGGUGGAUUUGUGAAUACCCGGAAGCAUUUGAUAGAGACUAAUACUGGGUCUGUUUGUAAAUUUACUAACAAUGCCGAAUUCAAUAGAUUUCGAUACCUCACAUUUAUGAUCUCAAGAGCCAUGUCAGCUGAUGCUGCUAAAGUUACAAAUGCAGAUGUGAAUGGAGCAGGGCCUCUAGUUGAGUAUGAACGAAGAAUUGCUGCUGGCGAACUUGUGGAUGGCGAUAGCUUCCAGGUAGACACCUUACGAGAACUUCAGAGACUAUAUGAUGAGCUUGUUGCUUCUGCUGAUGCCUGCCGGUUGGAUAGGUAUUCGGCUUCUGAAAAAGCUGGAAGGAGUAGGUGGUUGUGGUCUCGAUUCAUACCCCAAUCUUCAUAUUCACCUGUCAAGGGUCUAUAUCUUUUUGGAGGAGUAGGGACUGGAAAAACUAUGUUGAUGGACCUGUUUUUUGAUCAAUUGCCCUCUAGUUGGAGGAAAAAAAGGAUCCAUUUUCAUGACUUUAUGUUAAAUGUUCAUAGCCGCUUGCAAAAGCACAGGGGUGUGGCAGAUCCACUUGAAGCUGUUGCCGAUGAAAUAUCUGAUGAAGCAAUUUUAUUAUGUCUUGAUGAAUUUAUGGUGACUGACGUUGCUGAUGCAUUGAUACUAAACCGUUUGUUUAGACAGCUAUUCAGCAAUGGUGUUAUUCUUGUCUCCACCUCAAAUCGUGCUCCUGAUAACCUCUAUGAAGGCGGACUGCAGAGGGAUCUUUUUCUACCCUUCAUUGCUACUUUGAAGGAACGAUGUAUAGUUCAUCAAAUUGGUUCGUCAGUAGACUAUCGGAAGAUGACUUCGGCAGAGCAAGGAUUCUACUUUAUUGGCAAAGACAUGUCUGGCUUUCUCAAGCAAAAGUUCCAGCAAUUGAUUGGGGAGCACACAGCUAGUCCACAAGAGGUUGAAGUAGUAAUGGGAAGGACGUUGCAGGUUCCUCUUGGUGCUAAUGGAUGCGCAUAUUUUCCUUUUGAGGAACUUUGUGACAGACCACUUGGAGCUGCAGAUUAUUUUGGAUUGUUCAAGAAAUUCCAUACCCUGGCAUUGGAAGGUGUCCCAAUUCUUGGACUACACAAUAGGACAGCAGCAUAUCGGUUUGUCACUCUUGUUGAUGUAAUGUAUGAGAACAAGGGCAGACUGUUGUGUACAGCUGAGGGGAGUCCUCAAGAACUUUUCGAGAGGAUAGUGACAAUUUCUGAUGCUCAACACAGGGCACCUAGAACUUCUUCAAGAUCAAGGAAAGUUGAUGAUUUUGACCUUUGUGUGGACAAUGAACUGGGAUUUGCAAAAGACCGCACCGUUAGUAGAUUAACUGAGAUGAACAGCAAAGAAUACUUAGAGCAGCAUGCCGAUAUGUUUUUAGCUGGGAAGUAGCUCCCAUAGGAAGGUGGCAGUCAGGUGCCUUACAGGAAUGAUAUAGAGAAGUAUGAAUGAUAUAGAGAAGUAUCCGACAUCUUACAGGCAACAUGGGCGAGUAUCAGAUAUCUUCCUAGUCUGUUUUACCUUAGUUAAUAAAAUUGUAUCCUUUCAUGUAGUGAGGUUUGGCUCUCAGUUUUGGUGCCAAGAGUAAAUAAUUUUUAUCAUAUCUAUCAAUUGUAUCUUGAAUAAAGUGUAAUUUAUCAUUGUAAUGUUAAUGUUCUGUUUUAAUGGGGUGGUUACAAAGUUACACCAUUGUCACCCAA